CAUACAUACAUACUUUUAUCGAGCUAUCAACCGGUCGCUUUAACAUCAUUAGCCCAAACAAACUUCCACUUAUAAAUCCUUAGGCGUGAAUCUCAGUCCACAGCAAAAUGGCAAGUUCACAAGAGAUCGAAUGGGAUGGUUCCGAAAUCAAGUAUCCAGAGUUGAAACCAAUUACCUUGAAUCCCAGCAAGAAUAUCUUGUUGAUUGAUGUUAGAGAACCGGACGAAGUGGCCCAAGGUUCUAUACCAACUUCGGUCAAUUUACCUCUUUCGAAAUUAGAAAACAGUUUUGGAAUCACACCAGAUGAAUUUCUCAAGUUACAUGGGUUUCCAAAGCCUAAUGAAGAUCAAAAAAUGAUAUUUUAUUGUAAGAUGGGAAAGAGAAGUGGUCAGGCAGCUGAUUUAGCUAAGACGAAAGGUUAUAAAAAGAUCAAAGUUUACAAAGGAUCCUGGAUGGAUUGGGUCAGGAAUGAAGGUUCUGCACCAAAAUCCGGCUUGGUCAGCUGGGUUUUACGAAAUUUUUCAAUUUGACGUUUGAAGGCCUUUGAGAUGCAGAUUGAAGGAGCGUGAUGUUAGUUUCCUUGUGUUUGAGAUGUCGAAAUGGAUUUGUUUCUCCUGUUCUGAAUUUGGCCAGGUAGGUGCUGGAUGGAUUGAAUCUCCUUCAGUUCAUCGGUCGUUGUACAUAAUCUUUCUGGAGGAUUCAAAUCAUCAGAUAUCCUUGUUUGUUGGAACUUCGGACAUUGUAAGAUGGUAUACCCUUAUUUCAAAAGU